GUAACCAAGGGAUGCGGAUCGCGAUAGCAGGGAUGACGGCCGUCGUAUCGCACGCCGUCUGCAACUGUUAUGUUCACGAGGCCGAGAAAGUGUGAUUUGACGUUAUGAAGGGUGAAGGUUCGUGCACAAUAGUCUUCGACUCGUCCAAAGAUGAAGUGUUUGCGCUACACGAAGGAUAUAAGACGCUCCACAGGAGAUUAAAGAACAACUGGAAUGUGUACAGCAAUAAGGAGCCCAUAUCGGCAGAUGUACUCGGCAAAGCAGACGCGUUUGUCCUGCCUGGACCGCGGCAAAAGUUCACAGAAAGCGAGUUCAACCAAUUACGACAGUUCGUGGAAAACGGUGGCCGCCUAUUGGUCCUUCUGGGAGAAGGCGGGGAGAAACGGUUCCAGACAAAUGUCAACUUCUUGCUGGAAGAGUUUGGGAUUUCGAUCAAUAAUGAUGCAGUCGUGCGAACUUCUUACCAUAAGUACUUCCACCCGAAGGAAACCUUAAUUUCCGACGGAAUUCUCAACCGAACUUUCAGCGAAGCCGCGCAAAAUGCAACUCUCGGAAUAAUGACGUACGAAGAGAUAAACAACACCAAAGCCCUGACGUUCCUGUACCCUUUUGGAGCCACUCUGAACGUUGGCCGACAGGCGGUCGCAUUGCUGUCGACUGGCAGUGCUGCGUUUCCCCUCAUGCGACCAAUUUGUGCCAUGUCUUGCCACCAGAAGUCGCCUGGCAGAAUACUAGUACUGGGCUCUUGUCACAUGUUUCAUGACCAAUACCUAGAUAAAGAAGAAAACAAUAAAGUACGGGACGUCAUCUUCCACUUCCUCACCGCCAAUGAGCUCAACCUGAACACUGUGGAUGCUGCCAACCCCGAGAUUUCCGACUACCACAUGAUUCCCGCCAUCGGAUUACUGGCAGACUCUCCGCUGUCCUGCCUGCAGGAAAGCGACGAAUUACCGACCAAUCACGCCGAGCUCUUCGACACUAAGCUCUUUGCUCUGGACAACAGUGUGCUUCCCGAAGUGAUCGAUGCCUACCAAAAGCUAAACAUGAAGCACGAGCCACUGCGCUUGAUAACACCGCAGUUCGAAACCCCUCUUCCGCCUCUACAACCAGCUGUCUUUCCACCUGCCUUUCGUGAGCUGGGACGUCCGAAGCUGGAGCUCUUCGACCUGGACGAAGCUUUCAGCUCAGAAGGCCAGCGACUGGCGCAGCUGGCCAAUAAAUGCACGGACGACGCAGAUCUCGAAUACUUUGUCUGCGAAUGUGGCGACGUACUCGGAGUGACGUCAGAAGCCUCGGCCAGAGUUGCGCGCGACGCACGUCAAAUACUAGACUACGUCCUCGCAAGGCUCGUGGAAUUCCGCAAGCUCAACCAGGAACACGACGUGGCAUCUGAACAGUUUCAGCAAAUUGCUCAGGAGUAAAAAAAGAAAAAGAAAGAAAGAAAAAAAAAACUGACGUAUAA